CCAGAUCAUUUUGGGCAGGCAUACGCAAAGUCGACUGGAUGACAUCACUGCAACUUUUGGCUUUUCCCAAUCCUGCCCAAAGGCUGGGCCGCGAAGGGAAUCUUUGAAACCCAAAACAUUUUAAACAUUGAAAACUUUCCCAAAAAGUUAAAUUGAGUUUUAAGCCAAGUGCAAAUGUGGUUUUUCAAACCGAAGAUGUCUUAUUUGUACCACCGUUCGUAAUAUAUACUAAAAGUCCGACUCGUUCGAUGGCUGCAGCGACGGAUCGGAAGCACGGGUGUGCCCGGGUCUGCUGAUUAGCUGACCCAUGUCUCCCAAAGGCCCGGUGCAGGGCAGGGCUGAGGAUACUGCUGUGCAGGUGGCGGUCAGAGUUCGGCCCUUUCUGCCCAAGGAGCUGCUGCACAGCCAUGCGAGCUGCAUUACCGCGGACCCGGAGGAGAGGAGGGUCACGCUGGGCCACGACCGCCAUUUUCACUGCGACUUCGUCUUCGAGGAGAGCAGCAGCCAGGAGGAGGUCUACUCCGCGUGUGUCCAGCCUCUCAUUGAGGCCUUUUUCCAGGGCUUCAACGCCACUGUCUUUGCAUACGGGCAGACUGGCUCCGGCAAGACCUACACCAUCGGAGAGGCCAAUAUUUCCUCCUUCAGGGACGACGAGCAGGGCGUCAUCCCGCGGGCCGUGGCCGAGGUCUUCAAGCUGCUGGACGAGAACGACCUCAGCGACUUCUCCGUCAGGGUCUCCUACCUGGAGGUGUACAAGGAGGACUUCAGGGACCUGCUGGAGGCGGAGACGGCCAGCAAGGACAUCCACAUCCGAGAGGACGACAAGGGCAACAUCGUGCUGUGCGGGGUGAAGGAGUGCGAGGUGGAGGGGCUGGACGAGGUGCUCAGCCUCCUGGAGAGCGGGAACACGGCCCGGCACACGGGCGCCACGCAGAUGAACCCCAGCUCCAGCCGCUCCCACACCAUCUUCACCGUGCUGAUGGAGCAGCGGCGGGCCGGCGGCGGCUCCCGGGGGCCCGGCGGCGGCCCGCACAUCCUCGCCUCCAAGUUCCACUUCGUGGACCUGGCGGGCUCGGAGCGGAUCCUCAAAACAGGGAACACCGGCGAGAGGCUGAAGGAGAGCAUCCAGAUCAACAGCGGGCUCCUGGCUCUCGGCAACGUGAUUGGGGCGCUGGGGGACCCCAAGAGGAGGGGGUCCCACAUCCCAUACCGGGACUCCAAAAUCACCAGGAUUCUGAAAGACUCGCUGGGAGGGAACGCCAAAACCCUCAUGAUCGCCUGCAUCAGCCCCUCCUCCUCGGACUUCGACGAGAGCCUCAACACUCUGAAUUACGCCAAGCGGGCGCGGAACAUCCAGAACCAGGCGGUGGUGAACUGCCGGGGCGAGCCGGACCGCACCGAGGGGCUGGAGAUGCAGAUCCGGGCCCUGCGGCGGGCCCUGGAGAACCGGCAGCGCUCGGAGACGCGCAUCAUCGCCCGGCCCGACCCCGACAGGAAGCCCCGGCCGCCGGGCGGCGAGGUGGGCAAGCUGCGCGCCGAGAGCGCCCACUACAGGACGUGCACGGACGCGGCCUACCGGCUGCUGAUGGAGCUGCAGGGGGAGGGCACACUGAGCGCCGGCCAGGUCCUCCGCGUGAAGGAGUGGCUGUGCGCCGUGGAGGAGGAGCGCAGCGAGCUCACCACCGCCUCCGGGCCGGACAGCGGCAUCGAGAGCACCUCCACCGAGGGCAGCGCCGCCCUGAAGAAGGGGGGCGGAGCCGCCCGAAACCAGGCUCCAGAGCACGGGCUGGAGGAGUGGGACAGAGAACGAGGAGACCGCACGUCUCUCCUGCAGGCCCGAGUCCAGCAGCUGGAGAGGGAGAACACGGACUUCCUGGCCGCUCUGGAGGACGCCAUGGAGCAGUACAAACUGCAGAGCGACAGGCUCCAGGAGCAGCAGGACCUGAUCGCCGAGCUGCACAGUCUCAUUUCCCAGCCGGGCCACAUGGAGCUGGUGCACGUGAAAGCCAGGCCUCACACGGCUCCCAUGAGCUCCGUGCGGCCCGCCGCCGCUAACGCUAACGCUGGCCGCGUCAGCCCUUUGUCUAACGGAGACGCCGGAAGGACCCCUUUCCUAGAGACCUACUGUUUGGGCAGGGGUCCAUUCAGGCCCCCGGGUCUGGAGGAGAGCGGCCUGCUAGGUCAGAGAGAGUCUCCUCAUGACCCUGAGACCCCAGGCAGGGGGGAGGCACAAGAGGAGGAGGAACAGGAGGAGGAGGAGGGUGAAGACGUACACAUCAGAUGGAACAGAGACAGACGGAAACAUGUGAACCUGUCCUGGCUGAGGCGGGAGGGCUCGUGCGGAGGGUCAGCGGGCAGAGCGGUGGGGAACCUCUCCCUGCUCCCGGAGCCCGGCCACCCGCCCGCUCACAGCCACAGGCGCACGUCCGACUGCAGCGGCGGGGGGAGCUCCGUGCGGGAGUCCCUGGGAGGAGGGGGGCCGGGAGAGCGAGGGCUCCUCCAGGCCCAGCAGAAGAUCCGAGAGCUGUCAAUCAACAUCCGCAUGAAGGAGGAGCUGAUUAAAGAGCUGGUGAAGACAGGGAAGGACGCCCAGGCCAUGAACAAGCAGUACAGCCGGAAGAUCUCUGCGCUGGAGGGGGAGGCGGAGCAGGCGCGGGCGGAGCUGCUGGAGGCGCAGCGGCAGCUGCAGGACCUGGAGGUGCAGGAGCCGCGCGACCCAGCCGAGCGCUCCAAGGCGCAGGAGUGCCGCAGGAAGAUCGCGGCUGCGCAGAGCAAAGUGCAGGUGCUGAAGCAGAAGCAGCGGGACACGGCGCAGCUGGCCUCGCUGUCGGCGCAGAGCGAGCGGCGGGUGCUGGAGCUGGAGAGGAACGUGCAGAGCAUGCGGCAGCAGCAGGACCUGCUCCAGCGCCGCCUCCGCCAGGAGAGCCAGCAGAAGCGCCGGCUGGAGAGCGAGAUGCAGAGGGGCAAGCACCGCGUCAAGGAGCUGGAGAUGAAGAACGAGCAGCAGCAGAAGAUUCUGAGGAUCAAGACGGAGGAGAUUGCGGCUUUCCAGCGGAAGAGGCGAAGCGGGAGCAACGGCUCGGUGGUCUCUCUGGAGGAGCAGCAGAAGAUCGAGGAGCAGAAGCGAUGGCUGGACGAGGAGAUGGAGCGGGUGCUGGAGCAGCGCCGCGGCCUGGAGGACCUGGAGGGGGAGCUGACCAAGCGGGAGGAGAUCCUGGCCAAGAAAGAGGCCCUCCUGCAGGAGCGCAGCGGCCUGGAGUCCAAGAGGCUGCGGUCCAGCCAGGCCCUGAACAAAGACCUGCUGGUGCUGACGGGGCGCAUCGAGUCGCUGGAGCGGGAGCUGAGCGAGCGGAACGGGCAGCUGCGCAGCUCCAGCGCGCAGGACUCGCAGCAGCUGCGCCAGGAGAUCUCCAACCUGCGGCAGGAGAAGGACCUGCUCCUCAAGCAGCGGGCCGAGCUGGACGACAAGCUGCGGCAGGGCAGCCUGCUGUCCCCCGAGGAGGAGCGCACGCUGUUCCAGCUGGACGAGGCCAUCGAGGCCCUGGACGCGGCCAUCGAGUACAAGAACGAGGCCAUCACGCAGAGGCAGAGGCAGCUGCGCGCCUCGGCCAGCAUGCUGUCCCAGUGGGAGAUGAACCUGAUGGCCAAGCUCAGCUACCUGUCCGCGUCCGAGACCCGCGCCCUGCUCUGCAAGUACUUUGAUAAGGUGGUGUCCCUGCGGGAGGAGGAGCGGCGGCUGCAGGUGGCGCUGGCGGAGAUGGAGAUGCGGUCGGAGGAGGAGCAGCGGAAGCUGGCGUGGCUGGAGGCGGCUCUGGAGCGCCAGCGCCUGGACGCCGACCGCCGCCUCACCCUGCAGCAGAAGGAGCACGAGCGGAGCGUCCAGCUCCUGCUGCAGCAGUGCCGAGAACAAAUGGACGAGGGUCUGGCCGGUAGGCAGCGGCAGUAUGAGGGCUGGAUCCACAACCUGGGCAAGGAGCUGAGCCACUGCAAGUGGGCCAACCAGGAGCUGAGCAAUAAACUGAGGGAACUGUGCGCUCAGGCCAGCCAGUCCACGGAACAGAAAGCGCUGACCUGCGAGGGCAGAGGAGCGGGGGGCGGCGCUGAGCGAACGCAGGCCAGAGGGCCCGACGACGGCGUGGGGAAGCGCGCGGCGGAGGCGGAGAGGGCGGAGCGGGCGGCCAGGUCCCGGGAGGAGCUGCGCGAGCUGGUGCGCGCCCCCCUCCCGCCCUCCUGGAGGCGCUCCUCCCUCCCCAGCGAGGACCAGCACGGCAUGGAGGAGCUGCGGCAGAGGGCGGCCAGCGAGCUCCCGGCGAACCGCGUCCUCCAGUCCGCCAUCGCCCCGGGACACUGGGGGGGCCCCCCUCCCCUGCCCCUCGCCAAACCGCGCCGGGACCUGCGCAGGUCCAGCCUGAACACCGGGCCCCUGGUCACCAACACGGCCAUCAUUGAUGUGCGGAAAAAUCCGGUGUGAAUAAACAACCCAGUGUGCUCAUCUGCAGAAUACGCUCCGAUGCGCAUUUUGCUUAAAGGAAAUGACUACCAUAGUUUUUUCAUUCCACUCUAUAACCCCUGUGCAUAUACAUUUCAUGAUUUCAGUGAUGUAAUUAAUGACAUUUUCUAAUAUGUAGUCUCACUUUUUACACUAUGUAAUAUUGUAUCUUUAUAAAUAAAUUAAAAACUUUGGUUGUUAUUA